UUCCCACCUCCUCCUCGGGUUGGUGUAGCUGAGUGAUUUGUAGUGGUGUUUUAAAUCCUUCGGAAUUGGAAUUCUGUUGGUAAGUGUGUGUUUUUGAAUUUUUUGGGUGUGAGAAGAGAGUGAAUAAGAGAUAUGGGACUCUCCCAUUACCCUAGUCCAGCUGAAGGAAUGUUACCGGUGAUAGUUAUGAAUACAGUUGUGUCAGUUGCUUUGCUCAAGAAUAUGGUAAAAUGGGUCAUUCAAGUAAUGAUUGGAAUUGAAAAUCCAUCGUCAAAUUUCGAAGAGGAAAACACUACAAAUGAAGAAGUCCAAUUGUCAGAGAAUAGAAAAACAUCGGUUACACUUUAUAAAUCUUUAUGCGAUGAAAGAUCUUCUAGAGUUUGUAAAAGCAGUAGUGAUGAUGAUAAUAGUAAUAGCAGUUUUAGGUUAUGUUCAGUUGUAGAAUGUUGCGUUUGUCUCCAUAAGUUUAAAGCAAAUGAAGAAGUCAGUGAAUUGUCUUGUAACCAUUUCUUUCAUAAAGGUUGCUUGAAGAAAUGGUUAGAUCACAAACACAGUACUUGUCCUCUUUGUAGAUCUACCCUUUGAAAAGAAAAGAAAAUU